AUAAAACUGGAAAAAAUAUUUGUCAACAGCUGGAAAAGUGCAUUAGGAAAGGCGAUAUAUCAAUACAGUUUUUGGAAUUAGUCAACAAAAAGAAAGAAAAGGUUUCCAUGCUGUGCGCUUGUGUGCUGAGUAAGUCUAAGCCAAAGUGUCACUUGACAGAUCUUCAAAAGCCAAUUUUAAUUAAAAUCUCCGAGUUGACGCAUCUUAAGAAGGAUUUCGACCGAAAAUUUGAAUUGCUGGAAUCUGCAAUCAACCAUGGAAAGAAAAUAUCGCAUGAUGUUUCUACUGUUCAAGGAAUCGAGACCGUCAUCCUGACAGUCAAUAACCUGAAAGAAAAGAUGUGUACAGUGAAGGUAAACGAGUUGAAUCAUGAUGAGGUUUGGGGAGAUUUACUUCCUUUAUUAGGCCCUGCAAAAACAAUACAACCUUUGGUAAAUUCGCUGUCCUUUAUGAUCGUCGCUAAAAAGGGCCUGGAAGAUUUACGUGAUUCGGAUAUAGACGAGGAUGGGAGCGAACUAACAGAGUUUAAUUUCAAAUCAUUCAUUGAUUAUCUGACAACCACCGCAAUUGAACACUUUCAGUUGCAAUGGAAUCCCGUGUUCAAUGAUUCUGGAUCGCUUAGUGUUGAGACCAUGAUGAUGUUACUUGGCUCGUUGAAGGAUCAACACGUACUUGAUAAAGAGCUUAAAUUACUAGAAGUAUAUUUCAGGCGAACUUUUUCUUCUUUUAGUAAAGAAUGCAUUCAGGGUUAUGUAAGAUAUUCACAUGUCUUGGAACAAGUUCAGCAUGCCAUUGUAACGCUAAAUAUAUUUGGAUUAGCAGAUGCUUCAAGUGAAACGAUGAAAUCGCUUCUACAUUUCCAAGCAGUCUCAGAGAAAAGUGAUGAGCUCACUCUUAAAUCGCUGUACCAAUCAAUGGAAGAAGUGAAAAGAAUAGUUUCGUCCUUUUCUGGCGAGGAGCUAGACUGUGUAAUUGAAAGCUUGUCAAGAUCCAGUGAAUUGCUAGAAUUUAUAGAAGAGAUCGUUGACGAAGACAUCCUUUUUCUAAUUGAUGCAGUUGAAGAACAUUUUGAUCAGUUUGUACCCGAGUCGUCUGUUUCCGACCUUAUUGAAGUCCACGGAUUCUUAGCACCUUUGAUUAAGAAGAGAAAAGACAAAUGUAAUCCACAACACUUUUUGGAGAUGUUAAAAAACUCUUGCCUUGGUCAUAAAGGCAUAGCUGCAAAGAUUCAUCAGUGCAGUAUAAACGUGAACAGUCUUCAUGGAUUGUACGCGAGCAUUGCAAAUCGAGGAGAGAUGACUAAAGAAAUCAUCAGAAAUUGCCUUAGCGGAGGAGAAUUCAUAAUGUCCCAAAAAGAUGGGAAAUGUGAAGUUAAAAUGAGUUACGAGUGCAGUGGAGAUAAAAGACGGAACUACUCAUUGUCAGACCUACACCAUUUACGAAGUCGCGCUCAUCUUAUCGUUACCUCCAACAAAAAUGCCAAGAAAGUUCAAACCUACAACUCGAGCAACAGAGGCGAGGACAUCAAUUUUGAUAAAUUUAUAUAUCAAGUUAAUCUUUUAACAGAGAUCUCCACUCUUCUAACAAAAUUGCGUUCCUCUGGGUAUGUGAAAUACCAAAACUAUUGGAGACGAAUGAAACCUAGCGAUGAUGAUCUCAAAACUACCAGGGAUGAAUUGCAGCGCGAUUUAAAUAACUGGGAUAACAUUCUAAGAAAAACACGCGGACGUUUCUACUUCCUUAAUUAUUACCGGUCUGAUCAACUUUGCACUAUCUUUAAUUUUUUGGUGAAUCGUGGGAGGAAUAAUUUUGACGAGGUUCUAUCUUUAAUCCAUUUUGUGGACAGACGGAUCACCGAGCAGCAGUUGAAGCAACACCAAAAUAUACAGUUGGAUUUGAAUUCAAUACCAAACGACAACCCAGAAUUACUGCUAUCGACCGUUGGUGAAGCAUUGGAAAAAAUCUUCAGAGAUCCACAUCCUGUCAUCAGACCAAUAUCAGAUGAUUUUCAAGGUCAAUCAGGCUCUAAACUGGAGGUUACCGUUACCCCAGGGGAAAUUUUUGUUGCGAGUUUGGAGGGAGAAAGUCCGUUAACAGCCAACGUCAUUCUUACACUAUACGAGAAUACUUCGAAUGCAUUUCCAGAGCCGUAUCAAAUCGUCUUUUGCAGUCCUCAAACAACUUGGGAGGAAAUACAUCUGCUACUUCAAAGAUGCUUUACGCAUUCGGUUUCCCCCCGUCACAAAAGCCUAUUUUGUAUCGCAAACGUUGAGUUGUUGUCGAAUGAAUUGCAGUUCAGAUUGGUUGACGAAAUAGAAGAGAAAUCAAAAUGUUAUCGAGCUACCAAAGAGAAUGGCGACUAUCAGCUUGCUUUAAUUUGUCGUGGUGGCGACCAUCAUCACAUUGUGGAACAGUUUGCUCAACAUUCACACAACAUUCCUGGUAUGACUGAUCUUGUUCUCACGCAACGUCUAAAAUCUGGUUGGCCAAAUGUAAAAAUGAUCACUUCAACGCUCCCUGGUCUUGGUAAAACAGAGCAUAUCAAACGCGAGGCACUAAAGAAUGGUUUCAACGUUGCUACAUUCUCCAUCAGCGGACCAUUUGAACCAAGAAAACUCAUUCAACGUCUAAAAGAACUCAAGUUAAUGGAAUACCAUUGCCUACACCUUGAUAUUGGGGAGGUAAACGACCCGUUGUCAUUGGACACAUUUCUAUUUCAACUUAUUCUCACAGGAAUGGUUUCAGCUGGAAAUCAGUUUUAUCAUCUUCCCAAAUUACACAUCUACAUUGAAAUAGCAAAUACGCUGAACGACAGGCUCCGAGAGUCUUUGGUGGUUGCAAAGUAUUUCACUCGUGUUCACUUGAUAUGGCUGGAUUACGAAGACUUUUUGGUCAGCCCUGAAAUCACAAGUAAUGUUCAAGUUGUUUGUCAGUACUUAGAUAUCUUCGAUCGAGGCUCGAUUGAAUCAAAGGAAGUUCAUUUCAGUGGCCCGAAAACGCCAAAGCCAUUGACAGCGAUUCGCUGUCGAGAGCUUCUAGCGAAGUACUUUGCGUCAGACGCUGAUAUCACCUUCACAACGCUCCACACAUUCCUAGCAGUGCUGGCUGUUCAACUUUUAAAGUUUUCUAGGAGUGUUUUCUUCAAAAUUGAAAAGCUUAAAACUAUGGUGGGCAAAGAAAUUCGGGGUGUCCGAAAUAUUCUUUUUCACGCCCUCUUGGAAGUAUCAAAGCAGUUCGCGUCCCGUGCUUUAACCACUUGUCGCUCAAGUCAUGCACGAAAACUUUCACAAAAAGAGUCAGCAAAAGCUCUAGACGAAGCGAUGGUAUCAAAUGUCAAGUUAGCUGAAGAUAUGGUAAAUCGGGUAAGGUGGAUGAUAAAAUGGGAAGACAACAACCAUUUGUUGGUCGUGUUUCAUGGUCGUAACACACAGGCAAUCACUGCUAUGUAUCGCGACAAAUCUGAUGUCCCUGCGAGCGUUGAAAAAUUGUUGAAGAGUCAAGACAUCAAAGGAUACAAAGAACUUGAAGACUUUAAGGUUUUAACUCAAGAACAACUACAAGAGAAAUUAGAGAAGAUAGCUUGCACAAAACCAGUUGCAAAAGAAAAUCCUUUGCUCCCAAAUUACGCAUUGACUCCGGAUAACAUCCUGAAGAUGAUACUAAUCAUAUUAAGAGUUCGUGUCAAUGUUCCGAUAAUAAUCAUGGGAGAAACCGGUUGUGGAAAAACAAGUUUGGUUCGUUAUCUGGCAUACACAUGUGGAGUACAAUUUUGUAAAUAUAAUUUUCAUGCUGGAAUAUCAGAAGAAGAAAUCAUCACAUUUAUCAAAGAGAAGGAUACCCAGGCCAGAAGCAUUCAAGAACAAAUAUGGAUUUUCUUGGAUGAAAUAAACACAUGUGACCAUCUAGGUUUGAUAAGUGAUAUCAUGUGUCAUCAUGCCUUACUUGGACGAAGACUGUCCAAUAAUCUUGUCUUCCUUGCAGCUUGCAACCCGUACACAUUACGACCCGAAGAGCAAAUUAGGACAGCGGGUCUCCAAGGUAAAAAUAUCACAGACGAUUAUUCCGAUCUCGUGUACCGUGUCAAUCCACUACCUGAAGCUAUGAUUGACUAUGUUUGGGACUAUGGCUCUCUAGGUUCGGAAGAUGAACAAGACUAUAUUCGGAGAAUGGUUCGGGUUCUACCGCAAGAUUAUAAAGAUUUGCUGGUAAAAUUGCUAUCUGCGUCACAAAAAUUUCUCCGGGAUGCUGAGAAGAACAGAUUUUGUGUGAGUUUACGUGAUGUGGACCGCUGCAUUCGCCUGAUUAGUUGGUUUCAUGACAUGACAGAGAAACGUCAAGAGCUAAAGAGUAGAAAAGAUAAAUGUCCCGACCGCCUUCAAGAAUACUUUUUGCUAUCUCGAGAAUACGACAAAAAAGCAAUGAUAAAGAGCAUUGUUCUCGCUCUUGCACAUUGUUAUUUAUCCAGACUGCCGACGGCAGAGUUGCGGAAGAAUUACCGACGGAAGAUGAUAGAUUUGUUUACACAAAACGGAACCAUGAUGACAUCUAAUGAAAACUUGGAUAGCUUUUCCGCCAUUGUACGUAUAGAAGAAGAAGAUUAUUUGGAUCGAAUGGAACUGCCCCCAGGAACAGCAAGAAACGCCGCUCUACGGGAGAACGUAUUUGUUAUGCUGGUUUGCAUUCUAAACAGAAUUCCAAUUUUUGUAGUUGGGAAGCCUGGAUGCAGCAAAUCAUUAUCCAUUCAACUGAUUCGAAGCAACCUACGCGGACGUGAUUCGCAAGAUCCUUGGUUCAAAAAGUUGCCUCAGCUUUAUGUCGUCUCGUAUCAAGGUUCAGAAUCAUCAACAUCAGAAGGAAUCAUAAAAGUGUUUGAAAAAGCACAAAAAUACAAAUCUCACAACAAAGAUGUCCUGCCUGUUGUUUUGCUUGAUGAAGUCGGAUUGGCUGAAAACUCGAAGUACAAUCCUCUCAAAGUUCUACACAGCCUGCUAGAACCUGGGGAUGGGAAAUUGCCAGAGGUUGCAGUCGUGGGUAUUUCAAAUUGGUCGUUAGAUGCAGCGAAGAUGAACAGAGCAAUUCAUCUGUCCAGACCUGAACCAACGAAAGAAGAUUUGUACGAGACUGGCUAUUCACUACAUUACGCUGAUGAUGGUGAUAACGGGAAAAAAUUGGGAAAGGAUGUGUUAAAGUCUUUAGCAGAAAGCUAUUUCGAAUACGAGACUACACAGACAAAGGGCAAUUUUCAUGGUCUGCGCGAUUACUACUCCUUGGUUAAGAGCGUAAAAGGUUGUAGCAACUUUAAAGCGGUCAACAUCUCAUUACAGCGUAAUUUUGGAGGAAUUCCUGAUGACGUAACCCACAUUCAGAAGAUUUUCCUCGACAGAUUGAAGAACAGCAUGAUUUCCAGUGACCAUGAUAUCAUCCCAGUAACUGAGUUAAUUCAAGCGAAUCUUGCAGAUCCCUAUGCACGUCACCUGAUGCUUAUAACAAGUGGAGAUUCGGCCAUUGGAAUUUUGAGGCAAUGUUUGUCCAGCCUAAAGAAAGAGACUAUCACAAUAUAUGGCAGUCGUUUUGAGGAAGAUUUGUCUGAAGAUUAUAACUACAGAAUCUUGAGCCGUAUAAUUCUCUGCAUGGAACAGGACUGUAUUCUGAUAUUACGAGAUCUGGAAAGUAUCUAUGGUAGUCUGUAUGAUAUGCUAAAUCAAAAUUACGCCGUCGUCGGAAACAGAAAGAAUUGUCGUGUUGCUCUUGGUGCUAACAGUAACCCGAUAUGCCAAGUAAACGACGGGUUUCGCUGUAUUGUGCUAGUUGAUCAACCCAAAGUAAAAUUCUCUGAUCCGCCAUUGCUUAACAGAUUUGAGAAACAAGUUCUGCGCUUCUCUGAUGUCCUGACUGAAGACGAACAGAAUGUUAUCACUGAACUUCUUCGAUGGGUCGAAGAAAUAUCCACUGUGGAAGGUUUGGAAUCAAAGUUUAGUAAAACAGAUAUGUUCAUUGGUUUCCACCAAGACACACUCUCAUCAUUGGUCUUGUCACAUCGUAAUAAAAAAGAUUGCGUUUUGAAGAAAUGCAAAGAUGACUUGAUGUGGAUAGCCUCUCCUGAUGGCGUACUUCGAGCGCGGAAAUGUAGUCUUUUUAGGGAAGACUCAGAAGAAGUGAGACAACUAACUGAGGACUAUUUCAAAAAACCAAUUCACCAAGGUUUUUCUGCAUUCAUUGAAUAUGUUAAGAACAAUCAUAAGAAAUCAUCUUUCUUUGCCAGUGAUGCGAUUGGAUCCAAGACAGUCGUAAUGACAUUUGCUAACAUUCAUACAGUAAUUCGUGUGGGAGAACAGUCGAAAUGUCAAGUUGAACGCUUAAGUGCUUACAAGUCCGAGAAGCAACUAGCUGAAAGUAUAAGUAAAUUUUGGAAUGCACCUAAUAAGGAAUUGUUAGUUUUGCAGUGUAAAUCAGAUUUGGAUGGCUUACAUUUGCUUCUUGCACGAUCAAUUAUUGAAGAAAAAAGAAAUGUUUACAAACAGUGUUCAUCUGGAUCAGGAACUCCAGUAUACAAGCAUGUAUGUAUCGUAGUGCAUGUACAACGUGGGGAAGCCGCUGAUAUUUCGUGGCAAUUCAGUUUCCUGUGUGGUUGGAGACUAGUAUUUCUCGAGGACCUGGAAGAUCAUCAUGUUUCCCUAAAUCAAAUACUUGGAAAAAGUGUUUCAGAUCUUCUCACAUCUCCUAUCUGGCCUCUUCGCAGGAUUGCACAACGUCAUCUUCUCUGGUGUUUCACCCGUAUCAAAUAUGUACGUAGCCAACGACGUCUGGAUACGUUUUUACACAUCGCAAACAAUCUUUUCAAUUCAGAAAGAGUUUCAAGAGAAAUUGAAUGUCUCAUUUUGCAGGCCAUUACUAUGGAUGCCCCCGAACAUGAUCAGAUAACUCACAAGACAGAAAGUUGGGAAGUUAAAGUUGCUUGUGAUCGGCAAUUAUUAUCUAAUUCAUGCACCCUUUACUGUGCCAUGGAACAGUUUGUCUCCAGGUUAGUCCGAAAUCCAUUGGCCAAAAUUGUUUACUUUCUUGAAAAAGAGAAUGCCUGGCCACCACAUAUAGCUGAUCGUAGCGGCUUCGAUAAAUCCCUAAUAUCAACCUUAGAAGAUCUGUGGUGUAAUUUCAUCAAAACCAACGUAAUUUUUCAAGCAUCAGACAUACCAGAGCCACUUGGAGCUGAAUCAUAUGUUCUUAACAGCAUAAGUCUUGAUCUUAAGUUACCUUUCAGCCAGGUACUUGUCAGAAAAGUCGACAAUGUCAAAGAACUUUUUUUAGAGGACAAAGCACAACUUGAAGAAAAUGAAGAUAAUUACGACAAAAAUAACCAGCUAAAGCAGACUGUUCAGCAACAACAGCAAAAAAAAUAUUCCAAGAUGAUCACAAACCUAGUUCCCCAAAUCCUCGUUUUUACAUUGGACUGUUGUAAAUUAUACAUGGAUGAUAUUUUUGAUAUGAUGACUGCUGACUUUAGCCCAAUAUUUAAUCGUUCUGAACGAGUUUCAAUAGCACAAGCAAUGUUUAUAUCGGAGGUCAAAUCAAAUUUGCCGGCAAAUGAUACAGCUGAGUUUUGUACGCUGCUGCAAACCUUUGUAUGGAUCUAUCGCGAACAGAUCCUUGAUUUGCUAAAAAUGGUUGAGUGCUGUUUGCCGUUUGUAGGAUUAAAUGUUUUAAAAAAUGUCACAGAUAACAUCUUCCACCACUUGCAGGUGACAUUCGUUAGACACCACGAGACAGGAGGAAGUUGUAAUGAUGACUCCCUGGGGAAGGAAACCGGAGUGAAUGAAAUAAAUGCGGUAAAAUUUCACUCUAAGUCCAAUAUAGAUGAGACAAUUAAAGAUGAGGAAGCUGAUGAUAAAGAAUUAGAGAGUUAUCCCAAAUUUUUGAAAAAUUUUGGAGACAGCAUGGUGACAGUAUACUGUGAAGAAAUGCUACCCUCGAAGGGCAAUGUGGAAAAGAAUGGCGGCCUUCGGCCAUGGUUGCGAAAUGCGAGCUUGCUUCUUUCACUAGCGUUCAAGAUUUGUGAAAAUUCACCAGCAUUCCAUUACCUACGUUCGUGCGUUGAUUUCUCGAAGAUCAUUCUAACGCUAACUGGGACACACACGUAUCUACGUUUUUUGUUUCAUUUGAACAAAAUCGCUGAGGAUCUUCGACCUGAAUAUCUAAAACACAAACGGUCGUUUGAAAUGAUAACCAACCAGCUACUCAAACCUUUGGAGGAAGAAAUAAAGGAUCGCACGCCCGAUAAACAAGAAGCAUUUCACAAAUUUUCAGCAUUGUUUUAUUGUCGGUGCAUCGAUACCCAUGCUAUUGGCAGUGGCGCUCGCCUAAUAGUUGAGCACUUUUUUUCAUUAAAGCAGUCAAAGUUUGUAAUGAGGAUGAGCCCUGUUAUCUUACGAUUACUUAUGGUGGAAGGCUCUUCUGGGGUAUUUAUCGAUAUAAUCACCAAUCCAGGCAUCAUCGAAGAAUUCCCUUGUCUUAAGAAUAUCGACGGAGUAUUAAAACAUCAUACAUCAUUGGUACAUCAUGACUCGUAUCCAACAGUAAUGAUUUGUGACCUAAUCCAACGUUUGCUAAAUUUUGAGGAGCAGUGUGAAUUUGAUGACCUUCACAGUUCUGAUUGCAAAGCACUCGCGCUUGCUAAAUCUUCAAAAGCGCUGAUAUCACAAUACAGCGAAGAUCAUUGUGGUCUAAGCCUACUUUCAGCCGUCGCAUUCCUUCGAGGACUCUUGAGAAUGGUUGCAAAAUUUGUUGUUAGAAACCCCAAUGUUUUGAAGGAAGACAGUCCAUAUGUUCAUUUGUUGACUGAAAUUAAUUCCCUCAUUAAUGGUCCAAAAUCUCCGUUGCAGUUAUUUUUUCUGAAACAAAUCAAAGAGGACACAAAUCUGUUUGAUUUACGAAAGUUAUUUAGCGAGAGCAGCACUUUUCCAACAAUAAAGGGAAUAUGGUGUGAUGAAAAAUGUAGAGACAAGGCAGUGUUUACAUCUGUAUUGAAGGACCCUGAAUAUGAAGAAGCAAAAGCGGCCUAUUGGAAAUUGAGCGAAAACGACGAUUCAUCUAUGAAAGCAUUUUUGACGAAAUGCUGUAGUUCUCCCCAUCAUGGUUUUGCUCUUGUUGGCAUUUUUAUAAAUAUGGUUUACCUAAAACGUGCCGUGAGAAAACUCACUGUUAAGGAAGAACAAUUGGUUGACUGGGUCGACAAAAACGUUUCAUCGAUUGAUGCGUCGUUGCCGGCGUUACUUCGGGAAACUUUUCUAAGAGUUGUAGGCCGUCGUGAGUUCAAUUGCUCAAAACUUCAACUGUCACCGCAAUCAUCAGUGGAGGAUGUAGAAAUAGCGUUACUUUUUGUUCACAUUGGCAGCGUUGUGGCAACUAGUGCAGCAAACGAAAAAUUACCAUUUUACCGUUAUAUUACCAACUCUGUCACAUUUGAACAGCCCUGUGUUCUCGCUCAUUGUCCAAAAGCACGUUCCGUGAUGGCAUACCCUCCAUCUGUUAAAGAAUCUAUCCAUGUUACAUGCUCGUGUGGUUUAAGGCUGGCUUUUAAAAGCAAUUCCAAUAAAAUAGUUUGUCCACAGUGUCGCGCAGCUCUUAGUAUACCCAAGACGGCAACCAUCGUAUCUGACGAAACGUCUUCGACAUUACCACCCUCCUGCGAUGAUUCAAGUCCAGAAUGGGAUCUCUGCACAAGGCACAUGCGCCCAGCAAUUUAUCGUGCCCUACACCUCAUCGUUUACUCUACCUUUUACGUUGGAAUAGCUCUUGGGAGUUCGAACGAGGAAAACCUAUCGAGUAUGUUAAACAAGUUACACGGAAUUGAUCCUGGGAGUGACUUAAGAGGUAUUUGUUUAAAGAUCAUCGAAGCUGAUUUAUCCUGUCUGAUGAAUAUCCUUAGUUGCAAAAAAGAUAUUGCAAUUAAAACUAUGCAUCUCGUAAUCGAAAAAAGUUCAGACCUUAUUAGUGGUAAACACCUCCUAGGAAACAACGACUGCUCAACGCCAAAAAUGUGUCAAGAGUGGGAAGCUGAAUUUUCAAAACAAAUAGAAGUAGUGUUUACGAAGUCAAGCAAAACGGAAAUCAAGCAGAUGUUAAAAUUACAACAGACGAAAGACAGUCAAGAAACAGAUAUACUGGACUGCCGCAUCUUGGAACUUGACGAUUAUCCAGACGACCCAGAAGAACAGAAAGCGCAACUUAAGAAUUUGUACCGUGUAAAAAGCAAUCCAAGUUUAGAAUUAUUUCGUGCAGCAUUCCUGUUCUCCCCAGAAGAGGUUCAGUUGAAACAUGGUUUCUUAACAUUGUUCUUUGCAAACUUUGAAAAAAUACAGAUAAUCAGAAACCUUCAUCACCUUAUGAAAUGGACUCGCCUAAUGUCAUCUGCAUUAACCCACCGCAUAAGCAGAAAAGAAGCACUAUUAAAGGACAUAGACGGUUUUAUGAAAGGUCAUCUUCCAGGUGAAAAACAGAAUUUAAACAUGCUAUUCGACAACUUCACGGAAGCAUGGAACGAAAUGUGCCCCUUUGUCAAUGAAGAGCUUAAGGAUAAAAGGGGGGAGAUGCCGCACAUAACAGAGACGAGUUGUGUAGCUUACUGUCUUACUGAGAGUGAUUGUGGUAUUUACCUUAAAACAGCUAUUAAAAUCCUCAUCGGCUACCAGAAUUUAAUUUUAGAUGCGGUCAUCUCUCUUUCAUCAUAUCAUCAUCCGGCUCUAACCUUUCUAGAAAAAGGAAACGCCAGCGCGAGUGGUAUCAUGUCCGUUUCCAUUCAGGACGUGAAGGACAAAGAAAUGAUCAAUUUCCAGUGGUCUGAUGAGUUUCUGCAAAAUGCACAAAACAAUCUUCAUUAUGGCAAAGGCAAAGAAAUUAUUUAUGAUUUAGAGCGAAUAGAAAUGGAACUUGCAGUAGAAAUCGCCUCUGGAAAGUGUUACUUAAGAGGAGCACUUAAUAAAUUUAUAUUUGCAAAGGAACUGUUUCAUUCCUGUGGCCCUUUAUUGACAGAGAUUCGGCCGAUAAUGAGUCCAACCGUACCAGAGGAAGUACGCAAAGGUCUGUCCAACCUGAAAGAACGGAAAAGCAAAGAAGCCCAGGAGCUUCUACAGCAUAUCGAAGUGCUAAUUUAUCUUCUUAAACAAAAAUUUAGAAAUUUCGACGAGAAUAUGUCUUUGGAAGAACUAAUUGAAAAAUGGGCAUCGGUAUUGCAAGAUGGUCACCGUUUUUCACCGUUUCCAGUAAAUUUGUUACCGGAACCUCAAAGUUCUAUUAAGAUUAAGCACAUUGCUGCUCUUUACGAAGCUGUUGAAGAUAUGCUUACAGAUGGCGUUAUCAACGGACUCGCUGAUAAAUUCCGAAAGGGGUUAACAGAGGAGAUGAAAGUGACCGUUACCACAAUGAUACGCAAAGAUAUUGAACAGCUGAAACCGCAGAACCUUUUGAAAGCACUGCGCCGCUUUGUGUUCCGCUAUCUUUCAUCCGACGCCUCUAGAUACUGGCCCGAAGAGAGUGCAACUUUAGAGUCUUGCUUGAGGGAACCUUCGCUGUGGUUUCCACUUCUACCACCAAGCCCAGAUGACAUUCCGCAAGAAAUUACUCUCAAAUACAUCCACUCAACUGCGGUGUAUCUUGAAAAAUUGGAAAAGGGCGGGAAAGGCAGCAGCAAAAUACCAGGCCUUCGAAAUAAUUCUUCGCAUGGACCACCUGGUCGACGUCGAAAAAUCUCCCGCACAUGAUUAGUGAGUGUCGAUUUAC